CACGGAAGCUCCGUGAAGUUCAGGACGUUUGCCUACCUUGUUCAUCGAUGUUCACUUUGUUCACCCAAAAGGUGCUGGGCACCUGCUAGAGACUCUCAUAUUUGCGGAAUAGAUGAAUUAAAUGAAUGAAUGAUCUGUGUGUACAGGAAAAUAAGAGUUACAGUUUCUUACUUUCUUAGGCUGAAAUCGGGGUUGAAUGAUAGUGAUAAAGAACUCAGGUAAGGUGUGUGGGCCACAUGCCAAAGGCACAGAACGUGGGGAGGUCUCACAAACGGUGAAGACACCCUAUUAUGGCUCCAGCUAGUAGGAUGGGGAUAACACUCGCCUCCGCUUCAGACCUCCAAAGCAUUCCUUCCUACCAAUUUAGAAGUUUCUAGAAUCCGUGGCCUUGGAGAUCUAACACACAGUACAGUGAUUACAGGCAACAGAACUGUAUACCACUCACCAAACUUGCUGGCGGAAUAGAUCCAGACUGUUCCCACUACUGGAAGAAAUGAUGGUGGUGUAAUGAAAACAGAGGAGUUGACUGACUUUGCAAUGGCAACCCUUUUGUAAUAUAAAGGUUCAACUCAAUACACUGUACACCCUACACUUACACAACGGGACAUGGCAAUUAUAUCUCAACUUACAAACAAAGGAAGAACUCCCUGGCCUGAGUGUGAAUAGGCAGGAUGUUGGGAAUGAAGCCAAAAUAAAAUAAUACUGAAAGUGAAGACCAUACGAAUAUCAGGAAGUCAGGGGUGCGUGUGCACAGCCACGGGACUUUUCAUGUUUCAGAGUUGACUUGACUACUCAUUACCUGCCCCCCACUCCCGGGAUGGACCAGUGAGCCUCAGACAGUCCACGCUCCGUAUCAAAUGCUUAUGUCAGACACGUUUCUGACAUCCACCAACUCUGUGCAGGCUAAGCCACCGUGUAGGUCUGGUGACCAAAUUAGGUCAAUCACAGGACCGGUCUGCUCAGAAGAAAGCCUGUCUCCCAGCUGCCCCCAGGCCGUUCCCACAGCAGCUCGGAUGGUGGGUCAGGAGGCUGUGCCCUCCCCUCCCUGGAACUCUGUCAAGUGGACCACCCAGCUGUAUGACGGAAAGAUAACCCUUCACUUGUCCCCAGGGCAGGCCGAAGAUGACUAACUACACGUGGGCCCCCGACGACAACUAUGACGUCCUCAUAGAGGGGGACCUGAGCAGCGACGACACAGAAACAUGCCAGCCGUUCGACGGGAAGCUUCUCUCGAGCCGGGUGGUCCCUCUGCUCUUCAGCCUCGUGUGCCUGGCUGGUCUCUUGGGCAAUAGCUUGGUUGUGCUCAUCCUGGUGAAAUACAAAGGACUCGGGUGCAGGGCAAAUGUCUAUUUCCUGAACUUGGCCGUUUCGAAUUUAUGUUCCCUGCUCUCCCUGCCUUUCUGGGCCUACACCGCGUCCCAUGGCGGGGUCCUGGGCAACCCCACGUGUAUGGUUCUCCUUGUAUUUUCCUCCAUAGGCCUGUACAGUGAGGCUUUUCUCAAUGUCCUGCUGACCCUGCAGAGGUACCUGGUGUUUUUCAACAUGAGAACCUUCUUCCACAUGAGGAUGGAGCACUGGGUCGUUGUCUCGAGUGGUCUGGCGUGGGUCCUGGCCACGCUGGUCAUUUUGCCCGAAUUGGUGUCUUACAAACCUCAGACGGAGAGCCGGAAAUUCGAGUGCUUCAUUAGCAGACCUCACUUCCUUCCAGUUUAUGAGACUUCUUGGGAGCCUUAUCCGACCCUGAAGAUGAACAUUCUGGCCCUUUUGUUUCCCCUGUGUGUCUUGACAUUUUGCUACACGCGAUUGCGAGAAACACUAAGGUGCAGGGGAAGGGAGCGUGACCCUCACAAGCUGGUGUUUGUCAUAGUGGUUGUUUUCCUUCUGAUGUGGGGACCCUACAAUAUUGCACUUUUCCUGUCUACCUUCAAAGAACAUUUCCCCCUGCACGACUGCAGGAGCAGCUACCACCUGGACGCAAGUGUCCAGAUCUCGAGGAUUGUCGCCGCCACCCACUGCUGUGUCAACCCUCUGCUCCACGUGGUCCUCAACACUGAGUUCCAAAGACACCUCUGCCGCCUUUGCCAUCUGCGGCGUGACAGGCCGCUUCGGGCCACUGAGGAUCCCGCACGAGAAGCAUCCGUGGAAGAACGUGACCAUUCCACCAAAGUGUAAACUGGCUUCCAUCAACGGCAGGAUAGAUAAACACUGGGUUUUGUAUUUUUGCACUGUUUUGUGUAUUUAUCUUUACACAUCUGUAUGCAAAAUAAGAUACGAGAAGAGGGGCACCUGGGUGGCUCCGUCGGUUAA